UCGCUUCUGUAGGCUUAUCCCUCAAAUUAACCUUGCUCUCCGCGAAAAGUUUUUGUCUUAUCUAACGCAAGCAUCUUUUGAUGCUCAUGUUGUCAUGAUGCAGUUUUUCUGGUUGUGUGCCUGAAAGCCUUCCCGACAUCCUUCGCGGCUUUGAUAGUCUGUCAGAGUGGGGAUUUCCCGCGUUACUGCAACAGCUGUUCAGAGACAACACAACCCCCGGUGUCAACUUGUGGUUCGUGAAAAAAGUGCUGUGCUAUACUCCUGUUUUCUGGGUGUUCGGUGACGUUUCCAAGCGCAGUUCUUCAUCAUGGAUAUAAUCAUGCAGGGAAGCCUCUACGAAAAGCGACUAAACGAAUUUUCGAAAGAUAUCGGACGACGAAUACAGGUCUUCAGCACUGGGAUGGGACGCUUCACAAGAGGAGACAAAAUCGUCAUGGCUGAGAACCUGAUGAAGGACAUUCAGAAGUACUCCGACAUGGACAUCGACGAGCUUCUGUCUAGGCUUUCUGAAGAGGAGAUGGAGCAGCUCACUAACAUGGUGGAUCCAGAUGACUCAUUAAUACCACCAUCAGAGAGGUGUCGAACUCAGACAAAGAAAAAACCGACGGGACCACUCAACCGGCGUCAUCUAUUAGAGUUUCUAGAGAAAUAUGCCAAAGAGCAGGAAGACUGGCCGGAAGCAAAACCAUUCCAAGCUGGACAGAAAAGAGGCAAAGUAUUCGUGCCACGCAUUCAGCCCAAACCUGCUCACGAUGAUGAUGUUGAAGUCGAGUUGGACCUUGGGGACGACUACAAGCAAGCUCUGAACACAGCAAACGAGUCUGAGUUGGUUGACCUUGCAGCCAUCUUGGGCCUACAUAGUAUGAUCAGUCAAGAUCAGUACCACGACACUCUCACCAAUAAAAAACAGAAGCCUGGGUCUGCUUUUGAAAGCCUGGUAAAGGCUACAAUGCCCAAAGCUAUCCCCAUGGAACCCGAUAAUGACACAAACGUCCACGAGACUUCGGCCAAAGUUGCACAGAAUGAUCCAGGACUCAAGGAUCUCAACUGGAACAAUAUCAAAAAUAUUCCACGGAAAGAUUUCAAGGCUUUAUUUGAAGGCCUGAAGACAAACACUCACCUGGAAACCCUCUCUUUAGCAAACACAGACAUGACGGACAGGAUUGUUCAGCCCCUUCUUGAAGCACUGAAGCAUAACAAAACAUUGAAGUCUCUCAACAUUGAAUCCAAUUACAUUAGUGGACCCAUGCUGAAAAAUUUCGUAGAGGCUACGCUGGAACAGCAAACACUGGAGGACCUCAGGGCCGCAAACCAGAGGCCCGUAAUUUUGGGUAACAAAAUUGAAAUGGAAAUUGCGAAGCUUGUGGAGAAGAACAAGAACCUGCUUCGGUUGGGCAUUUCCUUCGAUGUUCCAGAUGCACGGAUGCGUGUUGCACAGCACCUGCAGAACAACUACGACCGCUUGAGACUGAAGCGCAUGGGCGUGGAUCGUGCUUGAUGAAAAAUGUGCAAAGUGGGAGAAUGAACUGCUGUUGCCAAUUUUUUCAUUUUCUACUCUGUUUGGAACUGGACAGACCAAGGUCCUGGUGCUGAUGGAACUGUGUUCACAAAUGCUUUAGUAAGCAGAAAGAUGUGUGCGUAAAAAAAGGGGGAGCGAACUCUGCAUAGAUUACUUGACAAGUUGCGCGCUCCUGCGGCAUCAGAUUCAUGUGCAUCCUACUCUACUCUUUCAUCACCAGGAAAUGCAACAUUGUUGGAUAAGGUCGUAGCAAGCUAGCUUGGCUUCCUAAGGUAUCCCUCUUACAGCACACAGAUGCCAAAGCAAUUUUUUUUUUUUAGCAGCCACCAAAGCCAAAUCGUUCACUUUCAUUUCACAGAAAUCAUCGUUGCUCCAACGUUGCCUCUGCCGGAGGUGAAAGGGGGUAGGAACAUAGGAAUCCUACAUUCGAAACCCGGCACUGAGAACUACGCCGAAGUGUGGCAGCCGCCCUGUUCUCAGUGCCGGUGACGAAUGGCAUUCAAGGUUCAGGACGGUGCUCAGAAUUGCAGGCUGGCAUUACAUGCCCAGUUCAGGGACAGUCAUCUCCUCCUCCCGUUAGAUUUCGAAUUUUAGUGAUUGAGGUUGUUACCGUGUUUAUCUGCUGGGCUUGUAAGCAUUCGCAAUAUGGCAACGAUCACUGCCUGGUUAUCAUCCGCGCUGAGAAGUGGAAAGUUAGGGCAUCCACGGAAAGAUGUCGUGUCGGCCAUUGUGCAGAGUCGAAGACAAGGAUUCUGUGGUCCUAUUGGGAGACAAUAUCGAGUGUGUGAAUGUUGCUGUUGUUUAUUCAGAACGAGUUACGUGAAACAGUGCAUUUUCCAUCCAGUUCUUUGGAGUUUCUAAAGUGGGAAACAAAGCCCAUCAAAAAGGGGGUAAAAUAUACCUCCCUGUCAGUGUUGUAGGGUUUGUACAAGCUGCUAGUGCGCAAUAUAAUGCCGCGGAAUGUAGCUCGAAAUAAGAUUUUGAGCUUAAUGGUGUAUUGCUAAUUUCAUGAAUGACCCACAAAUUCAUUGUUUUGUUAGCGAGAAAAUUUUACUCUUAUCAGUGUGCCGGCCCUUGAAGGAGAGAGAGAGAGACAAGGCCUGUAUUAUAUGAAGCGUGCAUGUGUUUUGUGUGUCGAAGUGUAAUCUACACUUUUUUGUUCGCUUAAAGAAUUAUGUAGUCAUCUUUUAUCCUAGUGUGUUAAUAAAUGCACCUUUGAUUCCUA